CCACAUUUAUCAAGUAGGACCAGAAUUUAUCGCUUAUCCGUUUCCUUUCGAAAGUAGAUAUAUAAAAGCAACGUGCUAGGUGUCCUUGUUAAACGUGUAAUUUGGUCGGUAGCCGUUAGUUGGAAACACAAAUGCGAAGUAUCUUUUAGGGCACGUGGAUACAAACUCGCGUCGCACCGGUAACAUGGUGCUGCUGCGGGUACUUGCUCGUUCAUUCGUACUGAUAAUUGUUGCAAACAACAUACUACAAGGAUAUGCAUACUCGGAGAUAGAAGAAUCGGAGGAAACGGAGGAUAUGCUAAACGAUGCUGUGGACCAGCCACUAGCCAACGAUGAUUUCUACAAUGUUAAGAGCCGAAAGGGUGGCAGACGCGUAUUUGCAGGAGGCUGUACUCGGAUACCGAGUGCCCCGGUGAAUGGCAAAAUCGUGUGCUCCAUGAAGAGGGGCUGCAUCGCAAGUUGCGCGCCGGACUACAAAUUUCCAAAUGGCGUGCAUCAGUUGACAGUCACCUGCGUCGAUAGGGAAUGGCAAAUCCAAGGGACCGAGUGGAGCUCGGUGCCGCACUGUGAACCGAUCUGCAUGCCCGAGUGUCAAAACAACGGAAUGUGCAUCGCGCCUCAUCAAUGCGACUGUUCCGAACAUUUUACCGGUCCGCAAUGCCAAUUCGAGGAUAAACCGUGCUUGAAUCAUCUCCCGCCGGCGCUUAAUUCCUACAAGAGGUGUAACUCGAAAUCGUGCACCGUGUCCUGCAUGAAAAACUUUACCUUCCCCGAUGGCUCGUCCAUCGCCAACUUGAUCUGCAAGGAUGGCAGCUGGAAGCCAACCAGGGGCGAUUGGAUAUCAAUUCCAGAUUGCGAACCCGUGUGUAAUCCACCCUGUCGGAACGGUGGAAAUUGCCUGCCGAUGAAUCUGUGCCAAUGUCCGCAGAACUAUCGAGGAGCCCAAUGUCAGUAUUCUGCUGACAUAUGCGACGCGAAGAACUUACGCUUCAACGGUGGCUAUUAUUGCACUAGCGCGGAUGACAAGUAUUCCUGUAUGUUGGACUGUCCGGCGGAAUCGACGUUCGAAUUUUCACCUGCCGCAGAGUACACUUGCACCUACGACACCGGCAUUUUCCAACCGCAGCCGAUACCGCAGUGUAAGACGAAUGACAACACGAAGAUCGUAUCACGCAAAACCACUUACAAAACAUAUGUGCGAGAAUCUAAUCACUCUUGGUCUACGCAAGAAGCUUUCAGCGGUACAACGAAAGGUUCCCAUGAGUUUAACAGUGUUCAUGGCGGAAGCGUGACCUCAGAUAUGUUUAACACACUGGACGACCACAAGGUGAUCGUCAAGGAGAGUCGGCGCGCGGAACCGAAGACGUGCUUCACCUGGGGCGGCACGCACUACAAGACCUUCGACGACAAGAUCUACAGCUUCGAUAGUGACUGCCCGCAUGUUCUUCUCCGGGAGACACGCGAUGACGUCUGCACGAUCCUGAUAUCGAAUGCUCCAGGUUGCCGAACUACGGGUGGCCGUUGUUCCAGGAUCGUGAAGCUGUUCGUGCACGACAAGGAGUACUCGUUGGCCAGUGACGAGACAGGCAUAUCGACGUUCUUCAGCGGGAAACGGUUGCUGCCCAUACCGGUGUACCUGCCCGGAUUGCGCGUGGACAAGUCCGCGCACUUCACCCUCGUCUCCCUCGACUCGCUGGGCGUAAAGCUGAAGUGGGACGGGUCCUUGCUGUUGCAAAUCGAGGCUUCCGAGAGCAUGUGGAACAAAACGGCCGGUCUGUGCGGCACGAUGAACGGUGAUCCGGAUGACGAUUUCCUAACGAAGAGCGGCACUCAUACCAAAAGCAUUUCUACCUUGGCGGACUCGUGGCGAGUCAGCAAUCUUGGAGAAACGUGUGACGAUUACUCGAACACGCAACAUGCAUGCGAAGUGAGAGACGAUCUCGCCCAAAACGCUUUCAAGUUCUGCGUCAAGCUGCUCUCCAAUCGUAAAUUCAAGCCUUGCGCCCACACGAUCAAUUUUUCCGAGCUGUCGGAAGCGUGUUUAUGGGACUAUUGCGCGUGUAAGAACAGUGAUAGGAAGAAAUGCGCCUGUAAUACCAUGGACAUUUAUAUGCGCCAGUGCGUUCACAAGGGAAUCGCAGUAGCAACCGCGUGGAGAAACAAUGACACUUGUCCGAUCUCCUGCAAAAACGGACGAAUAUACAUGUCAUGCGGGCCGAAGGUGGAAGCAUCCUGUUUCUCCGGUAUCGAGGCGAAGAGCGAGGAUCCCGAGUGCGAGGAAGGUUGUUUCUGUCCGGCCGGUACUCUGGAACAUCAAGGUAGAUGCAUCAUGCCGGAGGAAUGCCCAUGUAAGUUGAGGGGAAAACUGUUCGAGCCGGGCACGAGCGUGCCGAAGGGUUGUAACACUUGCACAUGCACUGCCGGGAAGUGGGUAUGCACGCAGGUGCAAUGUAAAGCUAGAUGCUCCGUCUUGGGCGACCCGCAUUAUACCACUUUUGACGGCAAGCACUACGAUUUCAUGGGAAAGUGCAGGUACUAUUUGAUGAAGGGAGAGAACUACACGAUUGGAACUGAAAACGUUCGUUGUUCCGGAGCGAUAUCCGAGAACAUGGGCUUUACUCCUGCGGACUCUCCAUCGUGCACCAAAGCUGUUACAAUCAAUUUCAAGCGUACCUCGAUAAAACUGAAGCAAAAUCACCAGAUUACGGUGAACAGCGACGAGGUGACGAAAUUACCGAUGCUGAUCGACGGUGCCCGGGUACGACUCGCGAGCAGUAUAUUCGUCGUGAUCAAUUUGCCCAACGAUUUGGAGGUGUGGUGGGACGGCGUGACGCGCGUUUACAUCAAUGCUCCGGCUAAGUUCCACGGUCGAACGAAAGGGCUCUGCGGAACAUUUACCGAGAAUCAAAAGGACGAUUUUGCAACGCCCGACGGUGACGUCGAGUCCGCGGUGACAGCCUUCGCGAAUAAAUGGAGGGAAGACAAAAUUUGCGCCGACGAUUCCGAGGACGAGCCGAAGCACCCCUGCGAGCUGAAUCCUCAGAAACGAGCAACAGCGGAGGAAUAUUGUUCCAAAAUACACAGCGAUAUUUUCUCAGGAUGCCAUUGGCACGUUGAUCCGACGGAGUUUUACCGAGACUGCAUGUACGAUAUGUGCGCGUGCGACACUGUUGUUGAGUCGUGCCUCUGCCCGAUAUUAGCUGCAUACGCGGAGAAUUGUGCGGCGCUGGGCGUGAAACUGCCGUGGCGUUCGGAGAUCGAUGAGUGCAAAAUUCAUUGCAGUGGCGGUCAGACCUACCAGGUCUGCGGGAACAGCUGCACGAGAUCGUGCGAGGACAUAUCCUUUUACCAGGACUGCAAGCAAGAAUGCGUCGAGGGAUGCAAUUGCCCCGAAGGGCAGACGCUGGACGCGAACAGCGAGUGCGUCCCGAUCGCCGAGUGUCCCUGCGUGCACGCGGGUCGCGAGUAUAGAUCCAAUCAUCGAGAAGUGAGGCCGGGCAAUAAAGGACAAGACUAUUGCACUUGCAUAGGCGGUAUAUGGGGCUGCCGUCCAGCAACGCCAGAAGAAAUUCGGGACUACCCGCCAGUCACGGAACUUCUCUCCACCUGCGUCGCCAGCAAGCAUCUCGAGGUGACAGACUGUGAGCCGGUGGAGCGGAGAACUUGCAGCAAUAUGCACAUAUCCGACGAGCGCAGUCCAGCAGUGUGCACAUCCGGUUGCGUCUGCAAGGUCGGGUACGUCCUAGACACGCCGAACGGCGUUUGCAUUCCGGAGAGAGAUUGCCCGUGUCAUCACGGCGGGAAGAGCUACAAGGAGGGCUCAAUUAUUCAAGCCGAUUGUAACACCUGCACGUGCGAAGGCACCAAGUGGAAAUGCACGGAUCGAAUCUGCGCAGGUGUCUGUUCUGUGUGGGGUGACUCGCACUACAAGACGUUCGACGGUAAAAUGUACGAUUUCCAAGGUAUAUGCGAUUAUGUUCUGGUGAAGAGCAAGCUGAGCAAGGAGCAGUCGUUCGACGUCUCGAUUCAGAACGUACCAUGCGGUACGAACGGCGUCGCCUGUUCGAAGUCGAUCACGCUUGUAGUCGGAGACGGUGAGCAGCGGGAAGAACUCGUGCUGACGAAAGGGAAGAAGCUGCCGAAGGGGCCUUUCAAGAGGAUGACGAUCAGAACCACGGAAAUCUUCGUAUUCGUCGAUGUGCCGGACUUGAGACUGGUGUUGCAAUGGGACAAAGGCACCAGGGUCUACGUGCGAUUAAACCCGGAAUGGAAGGGUCACACGGUGGGUCUGUGCGGCGAUUACAACGACAACGCCGGGGACGACUUCAAGACGCCGUCCGGCGGCAUAUCCGAGGCCUCCGUCAAUUUGUUCGGCGACUCGUGGAAGAAGGACCCGUCCUGCCCGGAGCCAUUGGACGUGGUGGAGGCGUGCGAGCAGCACCCGGAGCGCAAGCUCUGGUCCCUGCGGCGAUGCAACCUGCUGAAGUCGCCGGUCUUCUCGCCGUGCCGCUCGGAGGUCGAGGUCGAGCCGUACUUGCGCAACUGCAUCUUCGACGCGUGCAGCUGCGACUCCGGCGGCGACUGCGAGUGCCUGUGCACGGCGUUGGCCGCCUACGCGCACGAGUGCAACGCCAAGGGCGUGCCGGUGAAGUGGCGCACCCAGGAGAUCUGCCCGCUGCAGUGCAACGAGGAGCUCAGCGCGUACUCGCCCUGCGUCCCGACGUGUCCGCGCGAGACCUGCGACAACCUGAUGACCGUCAAGGACGGCUCCCACUUGUGCGCCGAGGACACGUGCGUUGAGGGCUGCCAAUACCGGCCGUGCCCGGCCGGCCAGGUGUAUUGGAACGCCUCUUACGCGGAGUGCACGCCGAGAUCCACGUGCAAGAAGCCGUUCUGCGCCGAGCUCGACGGAGUGACGUACUACGAGGGCGAGCGAGUGAGAGGCGACGAUUGUCAGAGCUGCUUCUGCACUCGCGGCGGGGUCACCUGCAAAGGAGAGCCUUGCAGUACUGCCGCCACCGUUGAGGUCACCAGUGGUGAACCCGUCAACACCGUGCUCCAGGUGGAGCCGCAGAAGUGUGUGGCCGGCUGGUCCAAAUGGAUCAACAAGGACGAAGCGGCACAGAAGAGGACAGUGGAGGUCGAGCCGUUGCCCGGGCUGGCGGACCUCGAGAACUCGGAGGGACUCGCGGUGUGCGAUGAGGAGCACAUGGUCGACAUAAGAUGCAGGUCCGUGGAAAAGCAGCUGAGCCCGAAGCAGAGCGGCCUCGACGUGGAGUGUAGCCUGGAGCGCGGCCUCUACUGUCGGUCGAGUCCGGGCCUGACCUGCGUCGACUUCGAGAUCAGCGUGCUGUGCCGCUGCCCCGAGCUGACGACGGAACUGCCGCAACGGGAAAUCACUACCGAAGCCAUCGCGGGGAAAGAAGAAUGCGACCCGGCGCAGCCCAAUUCGCCGCAUCCGACCAACUGCCGGCUGUACUACCAGUGCGUGCCCACGGCGACCGGUCGCGAGUUGAUCGAGCGACCGUGCGCUCCCGGCACUCUGUUCGACGCGAAGAUGCAGGUGUGCAAUCUACCGGCGGCGGUCCUGCGGACUCGACCGGAGUGCGCGACCGGGCAGACCACGCCGAGCGAGUGGAGCGAGACGAAGAGCGGCGUCAUCAACGAGAAGACGCUUACGACGUCGGUGAAGAAAGUGGUGUCGACCGAGGAGGUCUGCCCAGACGGUGAGGCAUGGAGCGAGUGCGCCGUUCAGUGCACCAAGACGUGCCACCAUUACCGUCGCAGUCUGGUCACCCGGGGCUACUGCAACGACGGCGCGGACUGCGUGGCCGGGUGCGUGUCGGUCGAGCGGCCGGCGUGUUCACCGCACAGAUACUGGAGGGACAGCGUCACUUGCGUGGACGCCAACGAGUGCCCGUGCGAGGCCCACGACGGCCGCUCCGUCGUACCACCCGGCGCCGUCAGGAAGGAGUCCGACUGUGAGACCUGCCAGUGCGUCAACAAUUACUACACCUGCGACAGCACGUUGUGCCGCAAGACGAGCUACGAGCAACCAGCUGGAACCACAGUCGGCGAGAGCCAAGCCGUCACAACCGAGCAACCGCCGUUCACCACGUCCCCCGAGCGUGAAGCCACGUCGCCCGUCGGCGAGUACACGAUUCUCCUGCAGAGCACGGCUUCGCCGCCCGCGGAGUGCGACAGCCGGCGUUACGUACCGCUGGUGCAGAGCGGGAAGGUGCUCGUCCACGCCAGCAGCAGCGAGGUUCCCGUGCUGCGACCUGAGAACUUGUGGGUGCGCGCACCAGGCACCUCGUCGCCCGACCACGUCGGCUUCUGGGAGCCGAAGGUGAGCGACAGCCAUCAGUGGCUCGCUGUUGAAUUCGAGAAAAUCGAGCCGGUUUACGGCGUAGUGCUGCAAGGCGCCGUCACCGAGGAUAAAUUCGUGACCAGUUACCACGUGCUCUUCUCCGAGGACGGCCAGACCUUCUCGUACGUGUCCGGCCGUGAAAGGCGAGCGCACGUGUUCAGGGGGCCCGUCGACCGCGCCCAGUCCGUGAAGCAAAUGUUCGACCAGCCCAUCGAGGCGAAGAUCAUUCGUAUCGAGCCGUUGACGUGGCACAACGGGAUAGCAGUCAGAGCGGACGUGUUGGGAUGUCAGGAUCACCUGACGACGACGACGACGACGGCAACCGAGUUCCCCAUCAUGAAAACAACGGUAUCCGAGGAGGUGGUGAGGCCGGUGUGCGACGAUCCGAUGGGGCUGGACAACCAGCUGAUGACUCUCGAGCAAGUCUCGGUGUCGAGCUCCCCGCAACUGAUCCAACACCUCCCGUUGUCCUCGGACGGUGUGUGGCGUUCGGCAUUGGACAGUCCGCACCAAUACGUCGAGUUCGACUUCCUGGAGCCUCGGAACUUAACCGGGAUCACGACGAAGGGGGGCGACGGCGCUUGGACGACCGCUUACAAGAUAUUCUACAGCAACGACAGGCGCCACUGGAGCCCGGUCAUCGGCGAGGACGGGGACGAGAAAGAGUUUCUCGGUAAUUUCGACGUCCAGAGCAGCAAGACGAACUUCUUCGAGAAACCGCUGCACGCGAGGUACCUGAAGAUACAGCCCACCAAGUGGCAUGAGCACGUCGCGUUGAAGGUCGAGCCCCUCGGUUGUUACUUGGCGUAUCCCCCCAUGCCCGAGGUACCCAAAAUGACGAGUCCGUCGCCGGUCGAGCGAAGGUGCAAUGUGUGCGACGGAAUCGAGCAGACGGUGAACGACGAAGACUGUAGAUGCAAGGAAUCCUGGUGGUGGGACGGCGAAUCCUGCGUACCGGAGCAAGAGUGCCCCUGCGUGGUCGGCCAUGUACCGUACGCGGUAGGCUCUGUCUACAAGACCGAGGAUUGCCAAGAGUGCGUCUGUGCUUUGGGCGGAAAUGCCGCUUGCAUGCCGAAGAAGUGUGAGCCAUGCGAAGAGCCGGGUCUGCAGUCGGUCGUCAGCGAGCUGUGCACCUGUCUGUGCAAGCCUUGCCCGACGGGAACCACGCACUGUCCCACGAGCGACGUGUGCAUCAACGAAACAGCCUGGUGCGACGGUGUGCAGGACUGCCCAGACGACGAGGUGAAAUGCGAGGUGAUCACCCCCGUGACGGUGUUCAAGCCGGAAACGACGCGCAACUAUACCGCCGUGACGACCCAGAAGCCGACCGAAGUUGGCCCGUGCGAGAAACCGUUCUGUCCUGCGGAUUACAGAAUAGUCUACAAGUCGAAUUACCAGGCUAAAGGUUAUUCGGGAAGCAAAGCGAAAUCCGGAGUGAAGGGUUUCAUGAAGACGAAGAGACCCAGGAAGCCGCCGUUCCGCAAUCACCCGAUGAAGUACGUGGAUCGUAGACCAAGUGCAGAGGAUGUCCAAUGUUCUGAGUUCACCUGCGCGCCCACGAAGUUCCCGCCCGUCUUCCCCGGCAAGCCCCACCCAGAGAAAUGUCCGAAUGCGUCGUGCCCGCCGAAUUACGAGGUAGUGUACGAGAAGAUGAGCAUGUACAAGCUGCACAAGUGUCCCAAGUACGCGUGCAGGCCGUUGGUGUCGGAGGUGGCCUAUUGUAACGUCACUGGACGAACCUUCAACACGUUCGACCACCUAGAGUACAAGUACGACGUCUGCAAUCACAUCUUGGCCCGCGACAUGUACCAUAACAGGUGGUACAUCACGCUGGAGAAGCACUGCGACUCACCCGGUGGGCUGUGCGCACGGGAGUUGGUAGUGACGCUGAAGGAUCACCAGAUCGUGCUAUAUCCGGAUCUGCACGUGGACAUCGACGAGCGCAGCUUCACCGCCGGGCAAGUCGCGCGCCUCGGCACUCGCUUCCCCGGCUUCCAGCUGUCUCGCAUGGGCGAUACCAUCAUGCUCCUAUCGCACCACGGCUUCUGGCUAAGCUGGGACUCCGCCACCAACGUGAAGAUCGGCGUCGUCUCGAAAUUGGCAGGUCAGGUGGAUGGCCUGUGCGGAUACUACGACGGGAACGUCGCCAACGACCGGCAGACUCCGGAAGGCGGACAGGCGAAAAGCACCGUCCAGUUCGGCAAGAGCUGGGCGAUGGAGGGUACGCCAGAAUGUGACCCGCAGGUGUGUCCACGUAACGUCCAAGAGCGGGCCUGGACGAUCUGCAACUCCGUGAAAAGCCCGACGCUGGUGGAAGCGUGCUCUUCGGUGAUAGACAUCGACAAGUUCGUAUCCCGCUGCGUGGAGAGCUCGUGCACGUGUCUGCGCGGCAACAGCUCCUACGAGGAUUGCCGGUGUCAGCUGCUGACUGGCUUCGUGAGCGAAUGCGAGGCCGCCGUGCCCGGCGCCGACCUGUCCGACUGGAGGAGGAUUCACGACUGCCCCGCGAGCUGUCCGGCGCCGUUCGUUCACCGGGACUGCUUCCGUAACAAAUGCGAGAUCACUUGCGAGAAUCUGCGCGAGCUGGAGCCUUGCCCGGCGAUGCCGGGCGCGUGCUUCCCCGGAUGCUUCUGCCCGGACGGCCUGGUGCGCCGGAACGAGGAGUGCGUGCCGCCGGUGCAGUGUCGUGAUUGCGUGUGCGACGGCCUCGGCAACUCCAGGUUCAUCGGCUUCGACCGCAAAGACUUCGGCUUCGCCGGCAACUGCACCUACGUCCUGUCCAGAAGCGUCGCGGACAGUGUAAAAGGUCGGGAGGAAGGCAGCCACCAGUAUCAGAUCCUGGUGAGCAACGGCGGCUGCGCCACCGGCACGUGCACGAGAGCCGUCACGCUUCUCUACGGAAAACAUGCGGUGCAAAUGAAGCGGACGGAAGACUCGAAGGAUCUGCGAGUCUCCGUCGACGACUCGCAGGUCGCCGAAUUCCCGUACAGCCGCACGUGGAUCACCCUGGACCGCACGUCCGCGGGAGACGUGUCUUUGUUGCUGCCGGCCAUCCAGCUGGAGCUCGUGGCCUUCCGGCAGAACUUCGCGUUCACCUUGAAGCUGCCCUCGCACAUCUUCGACGACGCCACCGAGGGCCUCUGCGGCGGCUGCAACGCCGAUGCCGGUUUCAAGAAGCGCGACGGCGAGAUCACCCACGACGCCGAGGAAUUCGGGAAGUCUUGGCUGGCUAACCGCCUGCCGGCGGAGCUGGACCUGAACGAUCAGGCCUGCUCCAGCGAAAGUCGGGUUCGGUGCGAGUCUCCACCGACGGAUCAGGAUAUCUGCAGGAAGCUUCUGGACUUGCCGGAGUUCCAGCAAUGCCACAGCAUCGUCGACCCGGAACCGUACCUCGACUGCUGCCACGACGCGUUGUGCAACGGUGGCGACUACUGCGACAGCAUGGAGAUGUACGCGAGGAAGUGCUCGGAAGUUGACCUGUGCCCGGCUUGGAGGACCGACAACAUCUGUCCGCACGAAUGUCCCGAAGGUCUUGUCUAUCGGCCAUGCGCUUCCGGCUGCAAAGAAACGUGCGACACUCCGAGCGACGAAAAGUGCUCGUCUAGAGGCCCCGUCGAAGGAUGCUUCUGCCCGGAGAACUAUGUACUUCACAAUGACUCCUGUGUACCACGGAGGAAUUGUCACGUCUGCGACAAAGACGGUCACGUGGAGGGCGACGUUUGGCGCCCGGACAAAUGCACCGAGUGCAAGUGCCACGACGGAGCGGUGAACUGCCAGAAGACGGAAUGUCCUCUGUUAGAUACGAUCUGCGAGGAGAGCAUGACACCCGUGCUCGUCAACGAGACCAAGGAGAGGUGCUGCCCCAAGUAUCUGUGCGUGCCCAAACCUACAGCACCCACAGUGUGCGUCGAGCCGCAGGAACCGGAAUGCGGCUUUGGUCAGGUCAUGAAAACUAUUACCGGCGCUGAUGGAUGUUACAAAAUCAUUUGUCAAUGUCUACCUGAGAACGAAUGCCCCGUAAUCGAGGAUGAAGUUGAGCAACUGGAGCCCGGUUUCGUACAAGUAAUGAAUACGUCCGGUUGUUGCCCGCGACCGACUAAAAUAUGCGACCCGCAAACUUGUCCUUCGGCGCUUGAAUGCCCAAAGUAUUACAACAUAAAUGCAAUCACGCGUGUAGACGAUUGCUGUCCUACCCACGAAUGCGUGCCUCCAAAGGAUAUAUGUUUGUACACGAAUGACGAAGAUCGAAGCGGACAGCAUGUGAUAGCGAAAAAAAUUGGGGAAGAGUGGAAGGAUGGUAAAUGCAAAACGUGCGUGUGCGAGAAUUCACACGACGGUCCUCAGCCGAACUGUGUGAUCACGGAGUGUCCGAGUGCGCACGAACAUCUUGAUGUAAACGACUACGUAUUGAAGGAAAUCUUGUUGGAUGACAAGUGUUGCCCGAUCUUUGAGCGUAGUGCUUGUAAAGAUGGAGAUAAAAUAUACACUGUUGGCGAAAGUUGGAGGCCCGAUGCUAAAGACGCUUGUGUUACGAUGGAAUGUGACCAACAUUCUGGUAGUAUUCAAAGGCAAAUUAAGGUCCAAGAAUGUAAUGUUAUAUGCGACUUUGGUUACAAAUAUCAACCGUCUAACGACACCGCAGUUGAAUGUUGCGGGAAAUGUAUUCAAACCUCGUGUGUCGUAGAAGGCAUGCUUAAGAAUGUCGGAGAAGAGUGGCAAUCGGACGAUCAUUGUGUGACAUACUCUUGUGACUCCACAAAUGGAAGGAUGUACGUGCAAACGAAUACUGAAAACUGUCCAGAAAUUGAUCCGCAAUUGGAGUUAGAAUUUGAGAUAGAAACCCGCAAAGUUUCAGGCAAGUGUUGCCCAGAAAUCGUGAAAACGGCCUGUCGCAAUAACGGAAAGACUUAUGAGCCCGGACAGAAGUGGAAAUCUUUCACAGACAGCUGUGUUACCGAGACUUGCACAACAGGUCCGAAUAUAACGAAGCAUAUGGAAGUUGAAGUGUGUUCGAAGCAGUGUGCUCAGGGAUGGUCAUAUCAAGAACCUGAAGAUGACAGAUGUUGCGGAGAAUGCAAGCAAACAUAUUGCAUAUAUGAAGACAUUUUGUAUACACCCGGCACGACAUGGUCAUCUGAUGACAAUUGUACCACUUAUAGUUGCUCGAAAGUAAACGAACUGCUGUCUAUUAGUGUGAGUCCAACCGCUUGUCCCGAUAUAAAAGAUUGCCCUGAAAAAGCAAUAUAUCAUGAUCAAUGCUGUAAACGAUGCGAGCUGUCCAUUCUCAAUCAAUUAGCAAGAAACCGGAGCAAGUGCCAACCAACUGCUAUGGAUGCAGAAAGCACCAUAGGUAUGCUGGUUGUGAAUCAUCCACUAUAUGGAAUAUGUAAAAAUUUGGGUCCUAUUGAGGGUAUUAAUCAAUGCAAUGGAACGUGCGAGUCUUCCACGCAUUUCGACACUAAAAACUGGAAACAAGUGAAUAAUUGCCAGUGUUGUCAAGCGGAGGAAUACACUGGCAUCGUUGUCGAAUUAACAUGUGAAUAUAACAGGAGAUUGAAGAAGCAAUUAACAACGCCAACUUCUUGUUCCUGCCAAAGCUGUGCUCUUUCGGACAUGAAAAAUGAAGAUAGAAAAACAAAGACUAAAGGUUAAUUUAUAAGAAAUACAUUCCUUGAUUUCCUUUCUCCAUUUUGUCUCUCGUGUAUUUUUAAACGACAAAACAUUCUUGUUUUAUGAGAUAUUAAAAAUAUAUAGAUUAA